AUGUUUGUCACACUUACAAAAUACUGCACGAAUUUCAACACUGAGGUGAUCACAGUACAGAUGCAGUUCUGUGUUGAAUGCCACAAUCUCGGUCCCGCAGUUGUCGUCGUAAAAUCCCCCAUACUCCCCCUCCCAGAACCUCCUCCCCAGAACCCCCAGAACCCCUAUACUCUCCCCAGAACCUCCAUACUCCUCCCAGAACCCCCAUACUCCUCCCCAGAACCUCCAUACUCCUCCCCAGAACCCCCCCAGCACUCCUCCCCAGAACCCCCAUACUCCUCCCCCCAGAACCCCCUAUAUUCUCCCCAGAUCCCCCUAUCCUCCCCAGAACCCUAUACUCCUCCCCAGAACCCCUAUGCUCCUCCCCAGAUCCCUCCAUACUCCUCCCCAGAACCCCUAGACCUCCCCCCAGAUCCCCCAUACCCUCCCCCAGAACCCCUCCUCCUGGGUCCCCAUACUCUGCUACUCCUCUCCUCCCAGAUCUCAGAUCCCCAUACUCCUCCCCAGAACCCCUAUACUCCUCCCAGAACCCCAUACUCCUCCCCAGAUCCCCCAUACCCUCCCCAGAACCCCCCAGAACCCCCAUGCCCCCUCCUCCCCAGGAACCCCUAUACUCCUCCUCAGAACCUCCAUGCUCCUCCCCAGAACCCCAUACUCCUCCCCAGAUCCCCCCAUGUUCCUCCCCAGAACCCCCAUGCUCCUCCCCAGAACCCCCAUACUCUCCUCAGAACCCCUAUACUCCUCCCCCAGAACCUCCAUGCUCCUCCCCAGAACCUCCAUACUCCUCCCCAGAACCCCCAUGCUCCUCCCCAGAACCCCCAUGCUCCUCCCUCCCAGGGACCUCCAGAUCUCCUCCCCAGACCCUCCUCCCAUAACCCCAUACCUCCUCCAGAACCCUCAUAUACCCCCAGAACCCCAGAACCUCCAUGCUCCUCCCAGAACCCCCAUGCUCCUCCCCAGAACCUCCUGCUCCUCCCCAGACCCCCAGAACCCUCCUCCCCAGAACCUCCAUGCUCCUCCCCACCUCCCCAGAAUAUCUCCCAGAACCUCCCCCCAUGCUCCUCCCCAGAACUCCCAUACUCCCCAUGCUCCUCCCCAGAACCCCCAUACCCUCCCUCCCCAAACCUAUGCAUAGAACCCCCAUGCUCCUCCCCCAGAACCCCCAUACUCCUCUCCCCAGAACCUCUCAGAACCCCCACCCUGCUCACUCCCAGAACCCCAUACUGCUCCUCCCCAGGAACCCCCAUGCUCCUCCCCCAGAACCCCCAUACCCUCCCCCAGCCCCCCCUCCCCAGAAUGCUCCUCCCCAGAACCCCCACACCUCCCCAGAACCCCUGCUCCAUACCCCCCCAGAACCCCAUACUUCUCCCCCAGAACCCCAUACUCCUCCCCCAGAACCCCUAUACUUCUACCCAGAACCCCAUACUCCUCCCCAGAACCCCUGCCCCAUCCUCCCCAGAACCUCCAUACUCCUCCCCCAGAACCCCCCAUACUCCUCCCAGAACCUCCAUACCUCCCAGAACCCCCAUAUGCUCCUGCAUACUCCUCCCCCAGACCCCUGCUCCUCCCCAGAACCCCUAUACUCCUCCCCCAGAACCCCAUACUCCCCCUCAGAACCCCAUACUCCUCCCCCCAGAACCCCAUGCUCUCCUCCCCAGAACCCCAUGCUCCUCCCCAGAACCCCCAUGCUCCUCCCCAGAACCCCAUAUUCCUGCUCCUCCCCAGAACCCUCAUACCUCCCCACCCCAUACUCCCUCCCCCAGAACCCCAUGCUCCUCCCCCCAGAACCCCUCUAUACUUCCUCCCCUGAACCCCAUAUACUCCUGGGCCCAGAACCCCAUACUCCUCCCCAGAACCCCUAUACUCCUCCCCAUGCUCCCUACCCAGAACCCCAUGCUCCUCCCCAGAACCCCACCAUACUCCUCCCCAGAACCCCCAGAACCUCCAUGCUCCCCCAGAACCCUCACCUCCCCAGAACCCCAUCUCCUCCCCAGAACCCCCCAUACUCCUCCCCAGUCCCACACCUCCCCAGAACCCCCAUACCCUCCCCAGAACCCCCAUACCUCCCCAGAACCCCAUACUCCUCCCCAGAACCCCCAUACCUCCCCAGAACCCCCCCAUACCCUCCCCAGAACCCCAUACUCCUCCCCAGAACCCCCAUACUCCUCCCCAGAACCCCCAUCCCCCUCCUCCCCAGAACCCCAUACUCCUCCCCAGAACCCCUAA